UGAACAUCAAUAUAUGGAGCUUUUUUCGUGGCCUCGUCAUAUAUAUAUAUGUAUAUCAUGAAGACACAUAAAUUGAACCUGUGCCAUCCCAAAACUUGCAUUAUUUUUUCCACCAUUUGAUAGUGUCAACAUGGUUUGCCAAAACAACCCAGUUGUACAGAAAAUAUGCAAUCUUUAUGACGAGAUUUCGAGGCUGGAGAACCUCAAACCUUCUAAAGAUGUCGACAUUUUGUUCACACAGCUUGUCCUUACAUGCAUCCCACCAAACCCUGUAGAUGUCUCCAAACUGUGCUCUAAAGUCCAAGAAAAGAGGUCUAAACUCAUCAAGCUUUGCGGUGAAGCCGAGGGACUUCUUGAAUCUCAUUACUCUGCCCUUCUUGGUUCCCUCCCAAACCCUCUCCAAAACCUUCCCCUCUUCCCCUACUUCAACAAUUACCUCAAGCUUAGUGAGCUCGAGUUCGGUAUCCUCACGAGGCACGGCGAUGGCGCUCGUAUCCCUGAACGCAUCGCUUUCAUCGGGUCCGGACCCUUGCCGCUCACGUCUAUUGUCUUGGCCAUGUGCCACCUCCCCACCACGGGUUUUCACAACUAUGACAUUGACCCCGUGGCCAACUCGUUGGCGUCGCGGUUGGUGGGGUCCGACCCCGACCUCUCCAAGCGCAUGGCGUUCCACACCGCGGACAUUAUGGAUGUCACGUGCGAGUUGAAGGACUACGAUGUCGUGUUCCUCGCUGCCCUAGUCGGAAUGGACAAGGUCGAGAAAGGUCGGGUCGUUGACCAUUUGGCUAAGUACAUGGCUCCAGGUGCACUCCUUAUGAUCAGGAGUGCACAUGGGGCACGCGGUUUUCUGUACCCGAUAGUGGAUCCUCGUGAUCUCCGAGGAUUCGAGGUUCUUACGGUGUACCAUCCGACGGAUGACGUUAUCAACUCCGUGAUCAUUGCACGGAAAACGCCUUUAUCAUCCCUACACCAAUCCUAUGAUCUAGGUGUGGCGUCUAUGGGGUCUGUCGUGCUUCCUAGCAAAUGCUCUUGUGCCGAGAUCCACACCAUGAAUCCACUCAACAAGAUGAACGUUAUUGAAGAAUUUGCACUUGAUAACGAGUAGAUUUCUUCUUCAGCCAUCGCACGUCAUCAUGAUAUCCAUUUCUCAAAUAACCGUGCUUAGCUUCUAUAACAAUAAUAUAUUAUGGUUUUAGUUUCGUACAAGAAACUAUGGGGAACUUAUUCUCUUAAUGUGUGUAUCCCUUUCUACAUUAGUGAUAUUUUCAAACAAUUUCAAGAAAUGGAAAGACCCCUUUGGGCAUCAGUUCCUUGAUGUUGAAAGAGACAUAGUGGAGUGUACGUAGUGGAGAAUUUGCCUAUUAAUUAAGAGUCAUCUAUAUUACGGGCUACUAUUUGUUUAUUUGCGAUUUGAUGAGUACGAAUCAUUGUUUUUAC